AUGGCUGUAACAGUUUCAUCUGGAAAACAUAUUGCUGUUAACGAAGUUACUCAAUUUGGAGAGGACAACAUUUGGAUUAAGAUAUUGAAAGGAAAUAUGGCUGUUGCACUAACUACUUACCAAAGCCUUCUUGGGAGACAAGUACAUUAGUAUAGAGCUGAUCAAUGCUAUCAAGAUUUGUGGGACCUUGCUGAUAAUAUAAUAACUUCAUUUGGAACAAUGGGAGCAAGUACUAUCCCUGAAUUUAUUGGUCUAGGUCUCAAAGUUUUAACCAUGGCGAUCUUCAUAUUCCAUGUAGGUAGCCAUUGCACUCCUUUACUGAUGACUAAUCCUCCUACAUAUGUUCCUAAGGCAGAAUCAGCUUUUGGCUUCUUCAUUGGAAAGGCUCUUACUAUCAUCAGCGAUAUCAUUGGAAUCCUUAAGUACGAUGAGAUGUUUUCUUAUGCAAGAGACAUGUCAGAACUUCUUCUUAGUGUUGAAGAGGUAGUUGAAUAUCUAAUUUGA